AUGUGUUCAGAUGUGGCAGCUAUUCCUGUUAAGAAACAAAUUGAUGCUAUCAAGAGCCAAAGGGGUGCGGUGAAGGUCUUGAAAAGGAAAUCGCUCUGGUCGAAGAGUAUGGAAGAUAUUGUAGAGAAACUUGUAGGGAUCGUGGACUUCAUCCAUCUUGAGAUCAACAGAGCAUUCUUGGAGAACCAUGCCAGGAAAUCAUCUGGAGGACUUGGCGUAGCUAACAACCUCGCGAAAACGUUAGGGCCCGCUGGACUUGCGUUGCAUUACGCCAAUGUCAUCUUGCAGCUAAAAGCUUUGGCAUUGGCAUCACCAGCGGUUCCUCAAAAUGCUCGGGUGGCUUUAUACCAAGCACUGCCUCCUCGGAUCAAACCAGUCCUGCAUACCCAACUGCGGCGGCGUUUUCCCCUCGGAGAAAAGCAGACCAUGACGGUAGCAGAGGUGAGAGCUGAAAUGAACAGGGUAUUGCGGUGGCUUGUGCCAGCUGCAGAAUCCACCAGGCUUUGCCUUCAAGAAUGGGCGAUGAAAGGGAUGGAGGGUGUCAAUGUUGACGAAACAAACUGGUUCGAACAAGAGAAUCAUGUCAGUGUCGGUUCCAUGCUCGCUCAUGCAGAUGCCAAAGUGAGCAAGGUAGAGACGCUGUACUACGCCGACAAGGAGACGACCGAAGGUUACAUAGCGGAGCUUGUUCUGGCUCUUCAUCUUCUUGUUUCGCUGCCUACGGAGGAGAAGUGAGUCCAAGCUGAAGGCACUGAUGAACAGUUGAGGCGAGCACAACUUGAAGCAUCUGAAUUAACUUAUCGUCGAAUCUACGCUGUCGAAGCAAUGAGGGGAUAAGGCAGAGCCAUGGAUGCCUGAUUUUUUCGCCCUCUUCAGAUGCGUCAAACAGUUAUAACGCUGAGGGAAAUGACCUGAUUCUUGUGAAGUUUCAGCUGUAAGCAGGCUCUCUGUUGUUUCUGAAACUUCUCCAAGAACUCUGUUCACUCAGUCUUAUAUAUAGACAACUAGUAAAUGAUAACCUCACAUUUGUGCAGUUAGAUUUUCUGCAUCUUUUUAGACAUGUUGCUUUAUAUUUGAACACGCUAUU